CACUACAGACUAUACAAAACUGAAUUAACAUUAACAACCGCCUUCUCCAAUCAUCUCAGCCGCCGGACAACAAUGGGGAAGAGCAACGAUUCUAUUGAGAGAAGAAAGAACAAAAAGAUCAGAAGGAAGCAGGACGAAUCUUCCAAAGUUUCCACUCGAAUCGCCUCCAUCAUCGCCGCCAAGAAGCGCCGCUUGACCGGCAAACGCCGCAAGUGUCAGGGCAUGUGUUUCAGCCUACCUACACCUGAGGACCCCUUCAAUGACAAAAGUGGUAAACCAGAUCCUGUGAAGAACAAAAAGCGCACAGAUUCCAAGAAAGAAAAGAGGGUUGACAAGAAAAAGCUAGCUCCAAAUAAAAGGCCAACUGAUGUAAUUCAUGCAAACAUGAAUCAAGAAUGCAAAAUAAUGCAAGUUGAGAAUUUACAGACUGCACAUACAAUAACUGAAAAGGCUGCCAUGCUACAAAAGACAGCACUCCCAGCUGUAGGAAAUAGAGUAUCAGAUGAUGCUGAAGAAGGGGACAGUUUUGAGAACUAUGCAGACUGUCCAUCAAAGUUCUUGCUGUUAUGCUUGAACACUAUUCAGAAUGCUAUGCUACAUGAUGGAGUCUCCAAUGAUAAGGGUGGCAAGCCAUUUUUUGCUCAUUCAUGGGGGAUUGAAUUUUGGAAGCGUUAUUCAAGUGGAAAAGAUAUCUUAGAUACACGUCAAGCCCAUUCUUCUAUUGAGCAAAUUGCUUGGAUUGCAUCAGCUGCUGCUGAUACUAUAGCAAAAAAGGAGAAAGAAGGACUAUCAUUGACAAACCCCUUCCUUCUGUAUCUUGUUCCCUCUCAAGAGAAAGCUGCUAAGGUACGCCAAAUUUGCAAGCCCUUGAAAACACUUGGAAUUCAUACGAUCAGUUUGCACCCAGGUGCUUCCAUGGAUCAUCAAAUUCAGGGGCUGAAGAGUUGUGAACCAGAGUUUGUUAUUGCCACACCUGAGAGACUUCAAGAGCUUGUCUCAUGUAACGCUAUCAAUAUCUCGGGGGUUUCUCUACUGGUUGUUGAUGGACCGGCUUAUGAAAUUGGAAGCCUCGACGUAAUUAAAACCAUUGAACAGAUUAUUUGUGGGAGUUUACAAACAGUGGUUUUCAGUGGGUGCUCAAGUAAUUCUUAUAUUUCAAUUUUACAGAAGCUUAUUCAGGGUUCAUUCUGCAGAAUCCCCCUAGAGUCCUUGACACAUGAAAGAUGAAGUUUUCAUUUUUGUGUAUAUAUAGCCUUUCUAACACUUGUGCUCCAUUGAGGACUAUUGAGGACUUGCCAGAACUCCACAGAAGUGCUGUUGUUUUCCAUGACCUUCCAAAAUGUUAUAAUCAUUAUUAUUAAGUGAUUAAUUAAUUCAUUAAACUCAUUUAAGUGUUCUUUUGUUUGGGUGGUGAAGUAUUUAAUCAACAGAAUGUCCUAAGGGAAAAGACUAAUCUUGCUUUUAAGUGGAAAGAUAUGCAUCUCUUUCUAAGUCUC